AGUGCUCCCAAUUAAGGGGCCUUCUUAUUUUUUUUUCCGCACACACACACACACACUCUCCCCCUCACUCUCCCACACCCCCAGCUCCCAUCCCGCUCCUGGAGGCGGAUGCUGCCGAAGAUGCUUUCCUUUAAGUUGCUGUUAGUGGCCGUGGCCCUGUGCUUCUUCGAGGGGGAUGCCAAAUUUGGGGAGAGGGACGAAGGGAGCCUGGCCAGGAGGAGAAGGUGCCUGAAUGGAAACCCCCCGAGGCGGCUGAAAAGGAGGGACAGGAGGAUGAUGUCCCAGCUGGAACCUAGGAAUGGGGGAGAGACGGUGUGUGGCGGGCUCUAUCCCCGACUCUCCUGCUGCUCCAGGACUGACAAUCAAGGAUUGCUACACAUGGAGACCAAGAUAUUUUCUGUUAUCAACAACACAGAAUGUGUGAAGCUACUGGAGGAAAUCAAAUGUGCACACUGCUCACCACAUGCUCAGAAUCUAUUCCAUUCACCUGAGAGAGGGGAAGCGACUGAAAGAGAAAUAGCUCUUCCCUUGCUGUGCAAAGACUAUUGUAAAGAAUUCUAUUAUACUUGCAGAGGUCACAUUCCAGGUUUCCUUCUAACAACAGUUGAUGAGUUCUGUUUUUACUAUGCAAGAAAAGAUGGUGGGUUGUGCUUUCCAGAUUUUCCAAGGAAACAAGUGCGAGGCCCAGCGUCAAACUAUUUGGAUCAGAUGGAAGAAUAUGACAAAGUGGAAGAGCUCAGCAGAAAGCACAAACACAACUGCUUCUGCCUUCAGGAGGUUGUAAGUGGACUAAGGCAGCCUAUUGGAGCUCUGCAUAGUGGGGAUGGAUCCCUUCGUCUGUUCAUCCUUGAAAAGGAAGGAUAUGUGAAGAUUUUCACCCCUGAAGGAGAAAUUGUCAAAGAGCCUUUUUUGGACAUUCACAAACUUGUGCAAAGUGGAAUAAAGGGAGGAGAUGAAAGAGGACUGCUAAGCCUUGCAUUCCAUCCCAAUUACAAGAAAAAUGGAAAGCUCUAUGUCUCUUAUACCACCAACCAAGAACGGUGGGCCAUGGGUCCUCACGACCACAUUCUCAGGGUUGUGGAAUACACAGUCUCCAGAAAAAAUCCCCAUCAAGUUGAUAUGAGAACAGCAAGAGUGUUUCUUGAAGUAGCAGAACUACACAGAAAACAUCUAGGAGGACAACUGCUCUUUGGUCCAGAUGGUUUCUUAUACAUUUUUCUUGGAGAUGGAAUGAUCACAUUAGAUGAUAUGGAGGAGAUGGAUGGUUUAAGUGAUUUUACAGGUUCAGUGUUGCGGCUGGAGGUUGAUACUGACAUGUGCAAUGUGCCUUAUUCCAUACCGAGAAGCAACCCACACUUUAACAGCACGAAUCAACCACCUGAAGUUUUUGCUCACGGGCUCCACAACCCAGGCAGAUGUGCAGUGGAUCGCCACCCCACAGAUGUAAAUAUUAAUUUAACUAUACUUUGCUCAGAUUCAAAUGGAAAGAAUAGAUCAUCAGCCAGAAUCCUACAAAUCAUAAAGGGGAAAGAUUAUGAAAGUGAACCUUCACUUUUAGAAUUCAAGCCAUUCAGUAAUGGACCUUUAGUCGGUGGAUUUGUAUACCGAGGCUGCCAGUCUGAAAGACUUUAUGGAAGUUACGUGUUUGGAGACCGUAAUGGAAAUUUUUUAACUCUCCAACAGAGUCCUGUAACCAAGCAGUGGCAAGAGAAACCACUCUGUCUUGGCAGCAGUGCUUCCUGUAGAGGAUUCUUUUCAGGUCACAUAUUAGGAUUUGGAGAAGAUGAAUUAGGUGAGGUUUACAUCUUAUCAAGCAGUAAAAGUAUGACCCAGCCUCACAAUGGAAAACUGUAUAAGAUUUUUGAUCCUAAAAGGCCUUUAGUUCCAGAAGAAUGCAGAAUCACCAUUCAGCCUGCCCAGACACUGACAUCUGAAUGCUCACGACUUUGUCGGAAUGGUUAUUGCACCCCUACUGGAAAAUGCUGCUGUAAUCAAGGUUGGGAAGGUGACUUCUGCCGAAUUGCAAAAUGUGAGCCAGUCUGUCGCCAUGGAGGUGUCUGUGUCAGACCAAACAAGUGCCUAUGUAAAAAAGGAUACCUUGGCCCCCAAUGUGAACAAGUGGACAGAAACAUCCGAAGAGUGACAAGGGCAGACAUCACCUAGAUGAAACAGCUUUACCAUGUCCUGUAAAAUACUAAAGUUACAUUUUUCACCAACUUAAUUGGAAUGACGGGGAGUGAGAGAGCGAACAUGCUCUUUAAUAUGCUGUGGAUCUAAUCUAGCAAUGUAUCCUUGUGUCAACAUGUAAUCAUUAACGACGGAUGAAAAAACAAGAAAACCACCAAUCGUGAUAAAAUUCCAGCAUUAAAUGUUUGCAGAGUGCUUUCCUCCAUAGCAGGACUGACCAGACUAUUUGUGAUUAGAGUGUUACCGAUUUCACACCGAAUGGACAUUCACUGGACAAGAGCUCAUUUUUAACAAGUCAUGGCUGUGUAUGAUGUCAGUUGUUCAAAAGUACUUUAAACGAUAAGUAUUGCCAAGUAUGACAUUAGCGUAACUGUUUCAUAAGGGUUCCGAGAAGGCCUCUGCAUUGGCUAAUUAGUCAAUGCAUUUUCUGGAAAUAGUGUUAUUAAAUUUAAGGGAAAAAAAGAGAGCCCUAAAUUAGCGGCAAACAUCUAUAGGCUGGUUGGUCUUUUGUCAACAAUAUUAGUUAGUGGUCAGUUCUCUAUGGUGUGAUUUUUUUUUUUUCCACAAUGGAUUAGUAUUCUUUGUACCCCGGAAAGAUGCGUUUCUCGGAGACCAGCAUUCCACCACGCUGUUCCUGAGAUUAUUCGGUCUUCCUGAACCUAAAGAGUACAGUAGUGUAGUUGGAAUGUGCAGACUGAUUUCUCCAAUGAGGCCCAUUUUGCACUUUUAGAGGGAAAGAGGGUCAGUGAAAACCAACCAAUAUUAUAGUUUGGAGCUCUCUACUGAAACUAAAGCACGUUGGGUACUUGUGGCUAAACGACAAUGUAAAAAAGAGUGGUUGGGUGAAUGGUAACCCCGGACUUGCCUUCAGUAUAUGAUUGCUUGGGUUUCAAGUGACCUCAUGCCAAAUGGAAAUUUGGUUGAGAAAUCUUGGUUCAGUGCUUAGUGAACAAUAGCCUGCAUUAAAAAGUGCAUGCAUAAUUUUGCACAAUUUAGAUUCAAUUGACAGUCUAUUCAGAGAAGUCUCGGGAUUAAAUGAGCAUGAAGACCAAAUUGCCCUUUUACCCCAGAAAAGGGGUGGUCCCUUCUAGUCACACCCUUAUUCCAUUGGCUAACAGUGUGACAAAUCUUGCAGGGAACCCCACAGCAGUCUGCAUCUGUAGGUUAAUAGCAGCCUUUUGUCUCCUUGGCUUUCUCCUCAUAGCCCUUCCACUGAAUUCCAUCACAAAAAGUUUUACAAUUAAAAAAAUGUCUUGACAACCAUUUCUGUAAAUUGACCUUACCAUCUAAUCUCCCCUUAUUCAAGAUGGGUGACAUUAACCAAAUGUGAGCUUCUUGUGAAUGAGGCAGCUGUCUAAAUCUGUCAAAUAGUGCAGUUUUAUUACACAUUAUUCCGUUCAUAGUUUCAGCUAAAUCAAUAGGGGCAUGCAGUGUUUUUAGCAAAAUGAGAGAACUCCAAGGUUUCUAAAUUCGCAGAUUUUUCCAGCAACAACCAAAAGAGUUGAACGCCAGUUCUGGUAUUUGCCAUUUCAGAACUUAAUAGAAACAUAAUAUAUAUAUAUAUACAUAUAUAUGUAUAUGAAUAUAUAUAUGGGGGUUUUUUGCUUUUCCCCACUGAAAGUUUCAAGUGACCUAGAAAGCUGGGCCUUCACUGCCUGCUUACAUGUGUGAGCCCCAGGUGUAAUUAUUAUUUCAGAAUAAAAGACUAAAUUCUUCUAAUGGGAUGAGCACAAGAACCACACAUUAGCCUAAAACAAAGUCAAGUAAUUGGAACCACUUCUUUCUGUGCUUGGGGGGAAAAGUAUACAUCAAUACCUAAUUAAAACAUUUAAACUCACUAAUUCAUCAAAUCUAUUUGACCCAUUCUUUCAUCCACAUUUUAAACUAGUUUCCAGGAAAUGACCGAAAAUGGUCUAUGAUUGGUGGCAAGGUAGGAAUAGGGCAAGAUAUAUGAGUUCUGACAAAUUAUUUCAUCACAUGGAAUUAGACCUCUCUUUUUUUAGCUCCCAAAGUCCAUGAUCUAAAAUGGAACAGAGGUACCCUCAGUGGAAACAUCGAACAGCUGUGAGUAUAGUAAAAGCGGGGGGAAAAUGUCGAGUGAUUACUGAAAAGAAUGGGGAUUUUACUAAGGAUCUCCUUCUACCAAAACCGGAGUCUGAACAUUUCAAAGACUUCUUGCAUUCUGGCUUAGGAGUUACAGCAUGGAGCCACACAUAAAUUCAAAUUGUUUGGAUAAUCCAAGCCAAAGAAAAUUCAAUUAGGCCCAAAUGAUCUAGAUACUGCAGGUCAAAGAAAUGCAUCUGCUGAACACAUCUGCAUAAUGAAAGCCAAAGUGUAUUUUAGAAGUUGAUUGAUCUGGAUAAUUUGCAGGUAGAGACUCAGCUAUACACACAUGCAAAAAGCCUUAGUCUGUGAGGUACAUGCUCCUGUUCUUGUGGAACUAGAAGGAAACAAUACAUACAAAUAAUUCAAAUAAAAAUGGGAUACCAAGAGGCUCAAGAGAUAGUGCCAGACACUAUAUUUUCCUCUGGCUCUUUUGAAAUAUAUUCUUUGCCUUCAGCGAGACACAGACCUCAAGUGUUUUCAGAUUUUUGACCUCCCUCAACAAGAAGAGAAAAUAAAACCCACAUACGCAUCACCUGCCCGUAACUGGGCCCUUGAUCUUAAAUGGUCUGGCAAACAAUUCCAUUUUUAAAUUUCACUCUUCCCUCUUCUUCCUGAAAACCAAAGUGCAUGUUCUUAAUCAGAUUUUUUGUCCUAAUUAUCACAAUUAUUGUUUACUCCCUUAUUAUUGAUACAGAGGCAGCCUCAUUAUUUAGGCACCCCUGAGGUUACA